CACUCUAUUCCCUCUCUCUCUCUCUCUCACACACACACACACCCCCCUCACUCAGACUGUUCCUCUCUCUCUCUAACAUGUAAACACUCUAUAAAGAACUUGCUCACCUCAUUAACCCCUUCCCAUGAUCACAUUUAACCUCUUCUACAGUUGCAGCAAUCAACUACCUCCCACCAUUUUGAUUUCCCUAUGGAGAGAGCUCAACUCGAGCGCAUGUUCAUUAGGCCUCCAGAGACUCCCAGAGAGCCAAUGGAGUUUCUAUCCCGCUCUUGGAGUGUUUCGGCCCUUGAAAUCUCCAAGGCUUUAGCCCCGCAGCAGUUGCCUCAGCUUCUGCCGAAGAACAUUCCUGAGAAUGGCGGCGUUGGAGACGGCGCCGAAAUUAUUCAUGAAGAUAUCACGGCUGAGUUGCAGGAGGAGGCUGCUUCAGCCACCGUUUCUGGGAACCCUUUUUCCUUUGCUUCUUCUGAGACUUCUCAGCUUGUCAUGGAACGGAUUAUGUCUCAAUCUCAGGAGGUAUCACCACGCACUUCAGGAAGGCUAUCCCACAGCAGUGGACCUCUCAAUGGUGGUCAGAGCUGUGGUUCUCUCACUGACAGCCCCCCAGUCUCCCCAUCUGAAAUGGAUGACCCCAAGUAUUGUCGGUUGAGCAAUCCGGUCAGCAACAGCCAAUACAAGAGCUGUGCCGCUAGUGGCACUGGUUUGACCGGAGGGAAAACAGUUGGGAGAUGGUUGAAAGACCGAAAAGAGAAGAAGAAAGAGGAGGUGAGAGCACAUAAUGCCCAGCUCCAUGCUGCCAUUUCCGUUGCCGGGGUUGCGGCUGCCUCUUCGGGGGCAGGAAAAGACGAACAAAUGGCCAAGACCGACAUGGCCGUGGCAUCUGCUGCCACAUUGGUGGCUGCACAAUGCGUUGAAGCAGCCGAGGUGAUGGGGGCCGAGCGUGAGCACCUGGCUUCGGUCGUGAGCUCAGCUGUCAAUGUUCGGUCUGCGGGUGACAUCAUGACCUUGACAGCUGCUGCUGCCACGGCUCUGCGCGGUGCCGCCACGUUAAAGGCGAGGACAUUGAAGGAAGUAUGGAAUAUUGCAGCCGUGAUCCCUGUGGACAAAGUGAUGGGAGUUACUAACCGCGGCAAUGGUGGGAGUAAUGGAAGUUCAAAUGGUAGUUUUAGUGGCGAACUCGUCCCAGAAGAGAACUUUCUCGGAAUUUGUAGUAGGGAAUUGCUUGCCAGAGGCGGUGAGCUUCUCAAGAGAACUCGAAAGGGUGAUCUUCAUUGGAAAGUAGUAUCUGUCUACAUUAACAAAAUGGGUCAGGUGAUGCUGAAGAUGAAGAGCAGACAUGUCGCUGGGACCGUCACCAAAAAGAAAAAGAAUGUAGUGCUGGAAGUCUUGAAGGACAUUCCGGCCUGGCCCGGCCGCCACCUGCUUGAAGGCGGCGAGCACCGGAGAUACUUCGCGUUGAAAACGGUGGGACGAGGGGUCGUCGAGUUCGAGUGCAAGAACCAAAGAGAGCAUGAUGUAUGGACUCAAGGUGUCUCAAGACUACUCACAAUUGCUGCUGAGAGGAACAACAAACACAUAAACUGAUAUCCCUUUUGGGUCUAACACAUAGUAUUUAAAGGUUUGUUGUUUCUUUUUCUUGUCUUAAUGUAAAAAGGGGUGCUAGAUUUAUAAGUUAUUCCCAAAUGGGGUCUCAUCUUUGCUUUGUACAAUGUAAUAUCGGGAUUGUGUGUGUAAAAGUAAAGUAGAAAACCAUGUGAUCCAAGACUUUGUUCUUGUUUUGUGGGGAAGAAAAGGGUUAUCUUGGACUAGGGUUUGGUCAAAAAAGAAUGGGAGAAAUCACAUUUGUGAGUAAACAAAUAUAUGUACAAGGCAAAGUUUAUUCUUGUGGGGUUUUGCCUUUAAUUGGUGGGGGGCAUAGGUUAGGGUUUCAGAUUAAGUAGCUUUAUUGUAAUUAGUGCUUUGUGUAAUAGAUCUGUCUGUAUUUUUAGUGCA